AUGGCUACAUUUUUCCGAGUACCAAUAUCCAUACCUACUUCCAUGCCCGCUUCACCUUCUUACUCUCCUUCUUCUCGUUUCCCUCCAACAAGAUUGAAAACUCUCAGAACCCUUAACGCAAUAGGAAAAUCCAAAAUUCCCAUGCCCCCUUUCAACCCUAAAGACCCUUUUCUCUCCAAACUCUCUUCCGUCGCUGCUUCUUCCCCCGAAUUACUCCUCAACCCUUCCUCUAAUCCCGAUAAUCUUCCUCUCUUGGACAUUUUCGAUUCCCCUCAACUCAUGGCCUCUCCCGCUCAUCUUGAAAGGACUGCUUCAUACAGCAAACAGCGCCCUAGAAGGCCACCGCCUGACCUUCCGUCACUGCUGCUCAAUGGUCGUAUUGUUUACAUUGGCAUGCCUUUGGUGUCGGCUGUUACAGAGCUUGUUAUCGCAGAGCUUAUGUAUUUGCAAUAUAUGGAUUCUAAAGAACCAAUAUAUGUUUACAUAAACUCUACUGGGACUGCACGAGAUGAUGGAGAAACGGUGGCGAUGGAGUCAGAAGGUUUUGCCAUUUAUGAUGCAAUGAUGCAGAUGAAAACCGAGAUACACACUCUGGCUCUUGGUGCUGCUGUAGGUCAUGCAUGUUUACUACUUGCAGCAGGGACUCCUGGCAAACGCUAUUCGUUGCCCCAUGCAAAAGCCCUGCUUCAGCAGCCUCGUGUACCACCAACUGGAUUGAGACCUGCAAGUGAUAUUUUUAUUCAUGCAAAGGAGGUGAUAUUUAACAGGGACACUCUAGUUAAACUACUGGCCAAGCAUACGGGAAAUUCUGAGGAGAAAGUUGCUAACGUAAUGAAGAGAUCAUAUUACAUGGACGCAUUAUUGGCAAAGGAAUUUGGGGUCAUUGACAAAAUUCUUUGGCUUCCUCUUUUGGAUACAUAUGUUGCUCAUGUUACAGAUGUUCCGGGGCUCUAA